GGAAGGGGAGGGGGCCCCGAAAGAAAUAGGAAUAAAUUUUAGUAUAUUUUUUGGGGUGUGCGUGUGUGUGAGUGAGCGGGAGUGUGCGUGCCGGCGCGCGCGCGCCCUUUUGCAAUUCCAAAAUUAAUGGCCAUGAGUUCGUUCUUGAUCAACUCCAACUAUGUGGACCCCAAAUUCCCACCAUGCGAAGAAUAUUCCCAGCACGAUUACCUUCCCAGUCAUUCUCCGGAAUAUUUCGGCGGCCAGAGGCGAGAGGAGAACUCUUUUCAACCCGAGGCGUUGUACCCAGCGCGGUCCGCCUGUAACCAACCAUCCUAUCCUCCAUGUCAGGGCUCUGGGCACCCGGCAUCGGUCCUGUCUCCCAGGAGCCAGCGUGUCCAUGCUCCAGCUGGACUUCAAAACCAUCUCUCCGAAUCAAACCACACUUGCGAAUCCAUCACGCCAAGCCCACCGCCUUCCUGUAGCCAAAACUCUCUCAACCAAAGCCCGUCCUCUUGCAAAGAACCGGUAGUUUAUCCUUGGAUGAAGAAGGUUCAUGUUAGCACGGUCAACCCCAACUACGCGGGAGGGGAGCCGAAGCGUUCCAGAACAGCAUAUACCAGGCAGCAAGUCUUGGAGCUGGAGAAGGAAUUCCACUACAACCGCUACCUCACCCGGAGGCGGAGGGUGGAAAUCGCCCACUCGCUUUGCCUGUCCGAGCGCCAGAUCAAGAUAUGGUUUCAAAACAGGAGGAUGAAAUGGAAAAAAGACCACAAGUUGCCCAAUACUAAGAUCCGUUCCAAUUCUGCAGCCAGCCUCUCGGCGCAAGGCGCGGGAGGAGGUGCCCAGGACCGAACCAAUGGACCAACCCCAAACCCCACCGCCACCCCGACCACCGCCACCCUAUAACUGGCCUUUGAGCGUGGCCGCCCGCGAGUGUGCGUGUGUGUGUGUGCAGAUCUGUGUGCUUAAGAACUGAUGUGUGAAAGGGAGGGAGGCCUGGUAGUUUUCCUGUUCCUGAGGGAGAAACAUGGGGGCGUAUGGGGGGAGGGGACAAGGGGGUGGGUGAACUGGGACCACUAUUUAUACGAGGGGAGAAGAAACAAAGAAGGAUGAGAGGGUUGGGGGUUUUUUUGCGGGGGAGGGGGGGAUUAGUUCUUUGGCCGGAAAGCAGGGUUGCCGUGUUUGGGGGGGGUAGCUCCUCUGUUCUAUAGGAGAUGGGGUUUUCAGAUUUGGCUAAGAUGGAUCCCUUUUUCAUCCUUAAUCAAGCCAAACUCGGGCCCAUUUGUCAUGUUUACUCUCGCGUACAAACGAAGGACCUUAUGCCAACCAUUAGCGCGACAGCUAGAGUCGUCUUUAAUAAAUGAGGCCCGGUUUCACCUAAGGAGAACUGGACUCUCUCUCUCUCUCUCUCUCUCUCUCUCUCUCUCUCUCUCUCUCUCUCUCUCCUUCCUUUCGAACACCCGCUUCUUCCACCCUACCCAGCCCACUAGCCAGAAACCCCAGUUUAAACCCAGCCAUUUACCCCCACAAGGCGACAGAAAAGUGUUGUUGGCAUCUGCUAAACACAGCUCUAGAUAGGAGAGGGAUUGGAAAGGGGAAAAUAGAAUUCUCACAGCCCUCUAAGGACUUUAUUGGAUGAUAAAUAUUGUAAUAUUCCAAGUAAGGAAGGGCAUCACGCGGCGGCUGCGGCGGGGUGGGGGCGCGGUGAGAAUCGGGGAAGGACACAAAAUUAAAAAAAGAGGAAGAAGCGAUGUAAUUUAAAGGCGGCAGGGAAGUACUUCAGGUUAAUUAUCUAACCUGGAAGACCUGGAAAGCGGAGAAGGGCAGUGCAUUUCAGUCUAUAAACUUGAUUAUAGCAUAAGGCCAUCUGGGUUCCAGCAGCCAUGAAAAUGGAACGGGGGGGGGUUGGUUCCUUUGUAAAUAAGGAUGCGCCUUCGCUGCCUUCGCUUCAGUUUUUGAAAUGAAUGUGAAGAUAAAGAUGAAUUUUCAGGAAAUUCCCCAGAGAAGUAAGGCGUGAGGAAAGGAAUAUGGGUAUUCUCUGCUCUCGCUUUCUCUCUCUCUCUCUCCCCCCCCUUUCCAUCUCUCUCUCUCUCUUGUCCCCCCUCAUUCUCUUCUCUCACCCUUCUCUCUCCUAUACUGUAUAUGACAUUCCGAAAUGGUGUGAUUCCAGAGAACUUGAGGGAGGGGGGGAUAUAACACUCCCCUCCUUUCGUUCUGUAUAAUUACCUCUUGUUGUCUUGUGUGAUACCCAUAAGAACAUGUAUAUAGCAGCAGCCACGGUGGAAAAAAAACAACAACCCCGAAAUAAAGCAUUUAUGGUGAA